CGGACGAAGACAACACCUAUUUCUGACUCUCUCUCUCUCUCUCCCCUCUCUCUCAUACAAUUCUGCCUCUUAAAUCUGUGACCAACACAAGAUCAGCGUCAGAGAAGGCAUAUUCGAAAGCAGAAGAAGAAUUAAGAAAAAGAAAGGCAUCAGAGGAAAGAAAACAGAAACGAAAAACCGAUUCAAAGAGUUGGAGGAGGAAUUAGACAAGGGUCCCGGAGAGUUUUGUGAAGACGAUUUGGUUUUUGGAUUUGGAAGAGAAAGAAGAUGUCUUGCUCCGUUGCAGUUUCGAACUCUCCGGUGUUCUCACCCUCCUCCUCUCUGUUCUAUAAUAAGAACUCGAUACUUUCACCCUCCCAUGAAGCGAUAAACCUAACCUUAACACACCUAAAGCCAUCAUCUUCUACGUCUUCCUCUUCUUUGUCUUCUCCUUCAUCCCCGUCUUCGCCUUUUAGGCUUCGGCUUCCGAAGCCACCAAGUGGGUUUUCUUCUUCUUCGGUUUCGGUUUCUGGGACGUCCUCUUCGUCGUCCACGUCGCCGAAUACGGUGCUGAAGAGGAAGAGGCCGACGAGGCUUGAUAUUCCGGUGGCUCCGUUGAGUUUUUCUGUUCCGGCUACGCCAUCCGCGGCAGCAAGGGAAGUGGUGGAGGAAGAGGGGGAUGGGUAUUCUGUGUAUUGCAAAAGAGGGAGGCGAGAGGCUAUGGAGGACCGAUACUCGGCUGUGCUUAACGUUCAGGGAGAUUCCAAACAGGCUUUCUUUGGUGUAUUUGAUGGGCAUGGAGGUGCAAAAGCUGCCGAGUUUGCGGCAGAAAACUUGGAUAAGAACAUAAUAGAUGAAGUGACGAGAAGUGAUGAAAAUGCAAUUGAGGAGGCAGUCAAGCAAGGAUACCUGAACACAGACUCUGAUUUCUUGAAAGAGGAUAUACGUGGUGGCUCAUGCUGUGUGACAGCUUUUAUCAGGAAAGGGAACCUAGUUGUAUCUCAUGCUGGUGACUGUCGUGCUGUUAUGAGCAGACGUGGUGCUUCUGAGGCUUUGACCUCUGAUCAUCGUCCUUCAAGGGAAGACGAAAGGGACAGAAUCGAGACCUUGGGUGGCUAUGUUGAUUUAUGUCAUGGUACAUGGAGAAUUCAGGGAUCUCUGGCUGUGUCUAGGGGUAUUGGAGAUGGACACCUUAAGCAAUGGGUAACAGCAGAGCCAGAUACAAAAGUUCUUAGAAUCACACCCGAGUACGAGUUCUUGAUCUUAGCAUCAGACGGUUUAUGGGAUAAGGUUGGUAAUCAAGAAGCAGUAGAUAUUGCUCGUCCUUUGUGCAUGGGCAUCCAUAAACCAGAACCAUUGAUUGCCUGUAAAAAGCUUGUAGACCUUGCUAUUUCACGAGGCUCUUCUGAUGAUAUUAGUGUCAUGCUGAUCCAAUUGGGACGCUAUCUUUGACGUUCCCGUCCCAGCGUAGGAAGCUGAACUAACAUAUUAGUUUGAGGGAAUUUGCACUCUUGCCUUUUGCCGGAGGGCGAGAGGCAAGGUUCUGCUUACGACUUUCAUUCUUUGUACGAUUCAUUUUUCAUAAGUGGUUGCAAUCACAAAAAAUCUGAUGGUGGUGGUGGUGGUGGUGGGAGGUGAUAUUGAUUAUUUAGAGUAGCCUGAUUUAUUUAUUCAUUGUAUAUACAUGACAUACUUCCAGAGAUUCCAAUUAUAGUUUUAAGAAAGGAGAUUAUUACAGCUUCAUUAA